AAACGUUGCUGAGCCAGCUUAUCCCGCCGCCGUAGCCAGAUCGCGCCCCACAGGACAGACUCUCGACGCUGCGCCGUUUCGCUGGCUGCCGCCCACCGCACUCGAAAGCACACCAGACGAAGGGUGCCGUCCCCCAAUGUUUGCGCAUGCCCUAGCGACACCAUGAGCGACCCUAUCGAGCCCGUGCCGAGCCUGCGCGACCCGCUUGCGCCCGUGCCAGAUACCCCCGAUGCCGCCGAAGAGAGCCCUCCCCGCGCCGACGCCGCCAAAGCCGCUGCGAAUGCGCCGCCCGUGGACUGGAGCGCGCUGCUGGACCGCGCGCUGGUGUUCCUGUCGACGGCAAGCAACGAGACGCUGGGCGCGUGCUUGGUUGGCCUGGGCGCGGGGACGUACCUGGUCCUGGGACGAGUGGGCUUGAUCCUCAUCGGCGUGGUCGGCGGCGUGGCCCUGCAUGCGACGUGGGAAAGCCAUGCGCACGGCGACCGCGGCCCUGAGACGAGCCACGAGGUGCGGCGCAAGGAGCUGGGCGUAGACAUUGCACAUCGCGUGCUCUCGUGGCGGGAAAAGCGAGACAAGAGCAGCGGCGACGACGACCAUGACGCCGACCUCAGCGUCAAGCUGUACUCGGGCCAGGAGCUCGACUUCUCAGACUUCCGCCCCGAGACGGCAGCGGCGCUGACGGAGCUGACGGACGCCAUCAUUCGCGACUAUGUCAAGUGGUGGUACAACCCCAUCAUUCCCAACGAAACUCUCUUCCCCAACUCGUCGCGCCAGACGUUGACUGCUUUCCUCAUCUCCAUGUCCACCCACCUCUCCCGCAAGCGGCCUGCCGAUACGUUCGUCGAUUUCGUGACCAAGUCCUCGUCCUUUAUGAUCAUCUUCUUUUCCGAGCUGGCCAAUGCUAUCCUGGCGAACCCCGGCGACAGUGCGACUGAGGCCGUGGAUCUGUACCUGAAGAUGAAGCGCGAUAGCACGCUGGCCACCAUCCUCGACAAAGACUUCCAAACGAAGCAGCUCGGCGGUGUCGCCGAGGACAUCCUGCAAAACUACCUGGAACCCAAGACGUACAACUGCAAGCCAGCACGCGAGUUUCUGCACCAGAUCCUGGCCAAGGUGGUGCUGGAGAUGAUCGUCGCCACGUGUUCCAAGCCCGAGUGGAUCAACGGCUGGAUCGUGUACGCGCUUGAGGACGGCGAACCGGAGCUCAUGGAAGCCAUUGAUGCCGGCGUUGAGGCAUCACCCCUUGGCAAUGCCAAAGAAAGCGCCGAGAGGCGGGAGCACAACGAGGAGGUCAGGAAGCACAAGCGCGUUGUAAGCAGGGCACAGCAGGCCAUGGACGAGGCUAUGCAGGAAGCGCAGCGGUUGAACCAGAUGAUUGCAGCUGAGGAUGCCAGACGGCUGAAAGAGCAACAACACAUGUCAAGUUCGUCCUUGACCGACGACCAGUCCGAAAGCACUACGCAGGGCGUAGUCACCCCAACUUCCUCGCAAAGCGAAACGCUCGCAGAGAACGACAUGUCAGCCUUUGGCAUCUCAAAUAUGCCCGCGCAGUCCUCACAAUCAUCCGACACGCCACCUCCAGGCCAAGAGAACGCGCAGCCGCGGAAAGAAGCCUUCACCAGCUUCGACCAGCUGGUCUCGAAUGCUCCUCCCACAGCACUGAUGGACAACCCACCACCUGCACCCCCGCCACUGACACUCCACAACUGCAAGAUGACCAUCUUCGAUGACUCUAUGCCGGGCGAAAAGGGAAUGAUCAAGAACAAACCCACCGCCGAGUACCUGAUCCAGAUCGAACCUUCGCUGGACUAUUACAAAGGUUGGAUGUCCGCAAAGAAGUAUGCCGAUUUUGAAACGCUUCACGAGGUGCUUCGCCGCAUAGCGCCCAUCACCGGCGCGAUGGGUUUCGUGGAAGCCCACAAGGACCUGCCAACGUGGAAGAACCACACAAAGGCGUCGCUCCGCGGCGAGCUGGAGCGGUACCUGAACGAUGCUGUGCAAUACAGGCCUCUCGCCGAAAGCGAAGGCAUGAAACGCUUCCUCGACAAAGAGAUUGGCAACGGCAAAUCACCUGGCGCAGGCGGUAUCUGGCCCGGUCAGGCAUUCGAGACGAUGGGCAAGGGCAUGAUGAAUGUCCUCACUCAAGCACCCAAAGACGUCGCGGGCGGAGGGAAAGCGCUCUUCGGGGGUGUAACAGGCGUAUUGGGCAGUGUCACCACCCCAUUCGGCGCGAAGAACGGGAAGAAGCGCGCAGACUCGGCGUCGAGAAGCCCAAGUGUGUCGCGCACCUCGACCUCCACGUCCAAUGCACCCAUUUCAAACCGGCAUGGCCGCGCUGAAAGCACGGUUUCCGAGCUCCCAACGCACAUCCGGUCCGAAAGCACCAUGUCGUUCGCUGCGAAGCGUACAUCGACAGAAUCUCUCCGCGCCGCAAGUUCGCCCAUAAUAGAUCAGCAGCCGCAGAGAGAGGCGCCCAUGGAGCGGCGGCCAAGCUACAACCCCGAUGGCGAUGGCAAGCGCUCCGGUCCGAGCAGCCUGUUCGGUGGGUCGAGAAGUGCGAGUCGGGCCGCGAGCGUGAGGGAGAGCAUGGAUCUGUCGCCCACGAUGGGCGGCGACCAGCUCAUGAACCUCCCUCCAAUGCCCUCUGAGAUAUCGGACGACUACACCGACCCCGUUCACAGCCGGCACCCGUCACGCGCAUCAACUACUUCCAUUCCCAUCGCCACAGACGCACCUCCCGUUCCUCCCCUCCCCCGUCGCCCCUCCGCCAUCUCCCUCACCUCCUCCAAUCUCGCACCCGCAGUCCCCACUGCAACUGCCGCCUCCUCCCCGGAGCGCAGCAAAAAGAAAGACAAACCCAAAGCCGCCCACGCGCCCCUCUCCGAGCCCGAAACCACUGUCCUCAUCGAGCUCUUCUUCGCCACCAUCAACGAACUUUACACCCUCUCAUCUGCGUGGUCCCUCCGCCGCACCCUCCUGAACGCCGCAAAAACAUUCCUCCUGCGCCCGGGAAACCCGCAAUUGACGUCCAUCCAGACGCUCAUGCAGUCCACCGUUCUCGACGCGAAUACCUCCGACGAAGGGCUCGCGUACCACAUUCGCAAGAUACGGGCGAAUGCGCUACCCACUGAGGCGGAGAGUAAAGACUGGGAGAAAGAGUGCGAGAAGAAGGGCUGGGUCGGGGGCGAGAUGGGGGAGGAGGAGAAGGAGAGACUUAGGGUGAAGGCGAGGAAGUCGCUGGUCGAGAGGGGGAUGCCGCAGGCGCUGACGAGUGUAAUGGGGCAAGCGGCGAGUGGGGAGGCGCUGGGGCGGGUGUUUGAUGCGCUGCAAGACGCAAGAGUUGCACGAGGCGUGAUAUUCGGGAUUAUGCUGCAGGCGUUGAAGGGGGUUACGCAGUAAGUGGGAGGGGAUGGGGGCGCGUGCAUUGCCGGCGUUCAGGUAGUAAGGGAUUGGGAUGAUGUCUGACACCGUUAUAUACACACGAAGUAGCACGAUUGUAAUUGUACGAUAGAUUACGCUUUGGAAGGCAUUCCGCGAGCGGGUAAGCGAGCUCGGGUGGACCGUGCCAUGCUCAAACUUCCUGAUUCGGCAAGCCGCGAGGACUGUCGAUUGCAGCACGAAAUUCAACCUCCAAGU